AUGGCUUCUCUUACCACCACCAACGCCGACCUUGCUCGGCUGAGCGCGAGCACCGACAGCAGCACUACCAUCGACGAAGCCGAUUUGAAGGCCUCCACCCGCGUCCAACGAAAAGACAAGUCGUCUGUUAGGCGCUGGUUCAGCUUUGUUCGUAAAAUUGUCUCCCCCCAAAACACACGAAAGCAGUCAGAGUGUUCGACAUGCGGGAAGAAAUCCGAGGAGUCUCUCGUCCAAGUCUCCCCUCCCAGAGCAUCAUCCACCAUCGCCAUCGCUCCCUCCAGUACUUAUGAGGAAGGCAUCGAAGGCACAACGAAGGUGGACCCGACUGCCUUCCUGAGGCCUGUUGCGCGGUCCACAUCUGUACCCGCAUCCCUUCGUCGCUCGGCUCCCGCCCCUGCCUUCGCAAGUUCUUAUCUCGAGGCAAUCUCUGAAGAACCAACAUACUCGUCGACACAUCCAUCAGAAAUCGCCGAAACCGUCAAAGUCGUCGACUCCACGCCACCCAAGCCGGCAAAGGCCAAACGCAGUCACGGCCCCCGCAAGCCAAUCAUGAUUACCCCCGACCUGAUCAAGAAAAUCGAGAGGGACAACAAGAAACGCCAGGGACCGCAAGUUCGACGGGCUGAGGUGAAGAAGAAUAGCAGGGGCGCUGUUGCCUCGGCGUCUGGUGCGAAGGGUGUUCGUGCCAACCCGAUGAGGUGGUCGCAAGACUAA